UAAUUUACGUCUUUAAAUUUAAAUGAUUCUUUUAUAUUUUGAAAAAUCUUUCAUCAUUUUAGGAUUCGCUGUAGCCAGGAAAAAAAAAGCGCGAGUUCCUCGAAUCCCACGAUCCGAGUCGACUCAGCAACUCGCGUUUGCUUUGUUCAACCAGUUUUUUGCUUAAAUUUUGCAAAAAGACAAUUUGAGAUGGGAGUUGUUAGUGUUUCUAGUUCAGCUGCCCGAACUCCAGUAGGAUUAGGCACAAAGUUUUCUACUCAAAGAUGUACAUUUAGAAGACCUUGUAUUGUGGCAUUUAAAGCAGAUAAAUCUAAUAAUACGGCUCUAGUUACGCUUCGAGACCAUAAUCUUUUGCCGGUGGAAACGGCUAAGGAGCACCCGAAGAGACGCGGGAAAGCGAAAAAGGCUUCCAAGACUGUAAACCGUGACUUUACUGAUGAAGGUUCUCCGUACACCGUGGACGUAGAUUACAACGAAGCCGCUGCCAAACUCGAAAACAUUUAUAAGCUUAGCCCUUCGACUCAAACAUUUGAUGAAAAAGGGAGUGAAGGUGAGACCAAAGGACGCCAGCUGAGGAGGAAGAGAUCUAAAGAAAGUGAUGGGAAAGCGGAUAAUGGUGAUGAUAAGAUCGUGGUUCGGAGCCAGACUAAGAAGAAUAGAAGAUUGGGCCUUGAUAAAAGGAUUGAACUGAAAAAGAAUAGAGAAGAAAAGUCAGUUGUUUCUGGCCAGAGUAAAAAGGGUAUCUCGAAUGAAAGUGAGAAGAUUGAUAGGCUUGUCCGGGACUAUUCGGCUUCAACCGAUUUGGUCAGCCUGGACUGGAAGAAAAUGAAGAUGCCUCCGGUUCUGCCGUCCACCGAACAUACUUGGUUGUUUAAGCUAAUGCAGCCAAUGAAGGCACUGCUUGAGGCAAAAGAGAACUUGCAAAAGGAUCUGGGUAGAGAUCCUACUGAAGAUGAAUUAGCUGAGGCAACAAAUUCGAGUGCAGCUCAAGUGAGAAGACAGUUAGAGGUUGGUCGAGCUGCUAGAAAUAAGCUCAUUAAGCACAACCUCCGGCUCGUUUUGUUUGUGAUAAAAAAAUAUUUUCAAGAUUUUGCAAAUGGUCCAAGAUUUCAAGACCUUUGUCAGGCUGGAGUUAAAGGACUUAUCACAGCCAUCGACCGCUUUGAACCAAGAAGGAGAUUCCGUCUUUCUACAUACGGUCUUUUUUGGAUUAGGCAUGCAAUUAUACGUUCCAUGACCCUAUCAAGCUUCACGCGUGUUUCAUUUGGACUUGAAUCAGUUAGAGUAGAAAUCCAAAGAGCCAAACUGGAAUUAUUGUUUGAACUUCAUAGAGAACCGACAGACGAUGAAGUAAUAAAAAGAGUUGGGAUUUCCCCCGAGAGGUACCAAGAAGUAAUGAGGGCCUCGAAACCCGUUGCAUCUCUUCAUUUGAGGCAUUCCGUCACACAAGAAGAGUUCAUUAGUGGAAUCACCGAUGUCGAUGGUGUUGGAGGCGAUCACCGAAGGCAACCUGCUCUUCUCAGGCUUGCACUUGAUGAUGUGCUCGAUUCUCUGAAGCCAAAAGAGAGCCUGGUAAUCAGGCAGAGAUACGGACUCGACGGUAAAGGUGAUAGAACAUUAGGAGAAAUUGCUGGGAACUUAAGCAUUUCGAGAGAAAUGGUCCGAAAGCACGAAGUAAAGGCACUUAUGAAGCUCAAGCAUCCAGCCCGAGUUGAUUAUCUCCGCCGAUACGUCGUCUGAAUCGUAUCAACAUCCUCGGCAUCAUCUUAUAUCGGCUCGCGACAGUCGUUUCCGUAUACUAAUAGUCAUUUUAACUACAAGAACAUAAAAUUCCCAUACCUGUAAUAUAAGUUUCAAAUACUCAAAAAGAUUGUAAAUCAUCAAUUAUACAUCACAUUGUAAUAUUUAUUUUUUCA